CUUGGGAUCAUCGGAACAUCGCGCACAGCCCGCAGUGGGUGGCAAAGCAUGGGGCUCAUCAGCGGCAUCAUCGGGUUCUCGGUGCGCCUUUUCAGUGGCGUGAUGCAGCUUCUCGGCGCAAUCAUUCACUUACUCUUUAUCAGCGAUGGCGUUGAUGGGACUACUUCUUCUCAAUCUGUCGGCGAGGACGGAAACGACUCAAGUCAGCAGAGUACUUCGUCUGUCACUAGUUUCGAGACGCCCACAACAGAACUAAAUGAGACCACAGCCAACUUUGGAGCCGGUGAGAUCACCGUUCAGCCCUCCGACGGUUCUGGCAAUUCGGAGAUCCCACUUGUCCCUUUUGAUGAGGAGGCGUCGGUAGAAGGGGGGGAGGUUGUCAGUGGAAGUGUUGAGGCGGAUGCCAUUGUGCAGCGAGGUGCUGAUGAACAUCCGGAUGCUCUUCCGCAGCCAGACCUACAAGCAGUUGCUGCUGUUCUCCCGCAGCCAGCCCUGGCACCGGAUGCUGUCGUUUUUGCAGAUGUGGAUGACGCACUUAGUAAAGUGAAUCCUUCCCUGGCAGAAUACCUCCGGAACAUGGACUAUUUUCCGGAACUGAAAAAUGAUGCAGUUAAUGAGUAGCGACCAUGACUAUGUGGUGGUUGCACCAGUGGCCAUGGUUGCAGUUUCACCAGGUGCUGUUGAUCGUCUGCAGCCAGCCCUGGCACCAGUUGCUGUUGCUGAUGCACUCGCGUUUAACCUAUUUUGUACGGGGACUCCCACUCAGGCUGGAUACUCCUGGUCAUGAAGUCUUUUCCGAAGCUGGAAAAUGAUGUAGUUUUCCAGCGGCGACCAUGACCAGACGGCUGCAAUAGUAGCCAUGAUAUCAAUUGAAAUGUCAGAUCAGGUGGAUUCCCAGUUGGCCAUUGUGUUUGUAAUGGAUUUGGAUGAAGCAUACAUCAACAGGCAAGGAAUAUACCUAGAUUUCUUCUGAGCUUUGUUGUGGGUUAUGGUGACAAUUGAAUAGUCGAACAUUGUGAC